UUUAUCUUUAUUCAUAUCCCCUAUUUUUCGUUGUUUCGAACGCGUCCCAAAUUAUACAGUCAAAACCCUUUAAAGCUUCAAUUACUCUGCUUUGAUUUGUGUGUUUGUUGUUUCGAUUUCUGAUAUUCGCAGUUGGAGAUUUAAAAUUCGAAUCUUGCGAUGGCCAAGAGUUCUUUCAAACUAGAGCACCCUUUGGAGAAAAGACAGGCAGAGUCUGGUCGCAUCAGAGAGAAAUAUCCAGAUAGAAUUCCAGUCAUUGUGGAGAAGGCAGGAAGGAGUGAUGUUCCUGACAUUGAUAAAAAGAAAUAUCUGGUUCCUGCUGAUCUGACCGUGGGACAGUUUGUUUAUGUGGUUCGGAAGAGGAUCAAACUGAGUGCUGAGAAAGCUAUCUUCAUAUUUGUCAACGAUGUACUGCCUCCGACUGCUUCAUUGUUGUCUGCAAUCUAUGACGAGUACAAGGAUGAAGACGGGUUUCUCUACAUGACUUAUAGCGGCGAGAACACGUUUGGCUUUUACAAAGGCCAGUGACCAUCAAUUUCUUUAGCUAGCAUUUCAAUUGUACAUUUCUCUCCGGUUCAUUACUUUUGCCUGCUACCUUCCAUUAGAAACUUACUUGCACAAUAACUUGGCUAAUAAAUCUCUGUUCAUAUCAUCA